AUGUUCAGCGGUACGGUGAGAUUCAAACCCCUACUGAAUGGGAGCGAGCAGGAGUUUGUAGCCAGCAGGAGAAACACUGUUCUACAAACUCUGAAGAAGCUUCAGAUUCAAUGCAGUCGGAGAGAGGUGCCAAACAUUGCAUUACUGGGUUCUGGAGGAGGACAAAGAGCCAUGGUGGGUUUGCUGGGAUCCCUGGUUCAGCUUGAGAAAGCAGGUCUUCUGGACUGCAUCCUUUAUCUGAGCGGAGUCUCUGGAUCAACUUGGUGCAUGGCCUCCUUAUACAAAGAACCAGACUGGUCCACCAAACUAGAGACCGUGAAAGACAAAAUCAUCGAGAGAAUCAGCGGACCAGGAGUCAGCUGGGAAGACGCAUUGGCCAAACUGAAGAAAUAUUACUAUGGGAAAGACUUCUUCAGCUUGACUGACGUCUGGGCAGUGAUGACUGUCACAUCACGUGUGAAAGAGAUCGAUGAACACACACUCACAGAGCAGCGGAACAAGAACAAUAAAGACCCAUUUCCCAUCUACACAGUGGUCGACAAGCAAUGCAAACAGUGCAGUGAUGGAGGUCUGCAUGCAGGGGCGGACUUAACCAAUAAGCGAGACCAGUGGUUUGAAAUCAAUCCAUAUGAAGCAGGUUAUUCCCUCACUGGAGCGUUUGUGGACACCUCCAGCUUCGGCAGCCAGUUUCACAAGGGCUCAAAGAAAAAACAUCAGGACGAAUUUGACAUGCUGUACCUGCAGGCUCUUUGCGGCAGCGCUUUAGGAGAUGGAAAGCAGAAUAAGGAAGAAAUCUUGAAACAGAUGCAAGAUUUUUUUAAAAGAAAAGACACAAUACUUGAGGCCAUGAGGAAAGAACAGCCUGAGAGGGAAUAUGAAGAGGUGAACAAAGAGAUGGAAUCAGACUCCUUCCAUUGUGGGUUUGCUUCAGAUGAUGUUCCAAUCUCCCCACCUGUAGAUGAAUGUUACCAGGUGCUCAUGGAUCUUGUGGACAUGAAUCUCACUGUUUUGAAAGGCAAAGAUACUUCUCAUCUUGAUGAGUCCAUCAGAAAAAAUUUGAACGACCUCUCUGGAGGCACAAAUCACAGUAUUUGUUCAAUGAAAAAAGAAGUGGAAACUACUGAUAGAGUAGAAAAACCGGAUAUAAUGAGUUUCACCAUGGAUGUGUGCAACAAUUUGAAGGGUCGGAUCAAAUUUUGGCUAUUUGAAGCUUGGAUUGCUAUGCUUGAAUGCGUGACUCAGUGGAUCUGGGGCAGGAAAUAUAACUUCCUUCACAACAUGACAGAUGGAGCAGUGCCUCCUGCUCUUCUGGAAAGUGAGACGAGAGACUAUAUUGAUGCUGGACUGUCGAACAACUCACCCUACUUCUCAGUGCUGAGAAAAGAAAGAGACAUUGACCUCAUCAUUUCCCUGGAUUUCAGUGCCGGCGAUCCUUUCAUGACAGUGAAGGACGCUGCUGAUACAUGCAAGAAACUAAACAUCCCUUUCCCUAAAGUCGACACUUCCCAUGAAAACGAGGACAAACCGAAGGACUUCUAUGUGUUCAGAGGCAAAAAUGCUCCAACGGUGAUUCACAUCCCUCUGUUUAAUGUGGUCAACUGUGGAGAUGAAGUUAAGACCUUGCGGGAGAAGUAUCGCACCUUUAAACGUUCUUACAGCGCUGAGAUGAUCACUGAUCUUAUGGAAGUCGCUGGAAAAAACAUCUCAAACAACAAAAAGAAACUGCUGGAGGAGAUUCGGGUGGCCGUUGGAAAAAAAGGAUCCAGUCGCUUUAAUCCUCAUUUGUCAUUUUCCAAUCCUAAAUGACAAAUGAGAAUCUGAAUAUAGAAUAAACUGAUCUGCAUAUCAGUCA